AUGAGCGUUAAAACAACAUAUAGUGAUAUAAGAAAGUUUAUUAGUCAAAUAAACUCAAGUCCCACUGUAGAAAAAGAACGUGAGGUUAUUCAAAAAGAGCUUGCAAAAAUAAGAAAUGAAUUUUCAAAUCCAAAGAUAACAGCUUAUGAUAGAAUGAUUUGUUCAUAUAAGUUGGCUUUUAUCAGUACAUUAGGGUAUGAGGUAGAUUAUGGGAUGGUUGAAGUUAUUAUGUUGUUAGCUAAUUCAAAAUUUAUUUAUAAACAUGCUGGAUAUCUAACAUUUUUAAGUUGUUAUAGAAAUGUACCUGGAGCAUGUAGUUUACUGAUCAACACAAUGCAACAUGACCUUCAAAAUACAAAGGAUGAAGUGAUCUGUGAAACACUAUCAACAUUAGCUGUUAUUUCAGAUGCACAAAUAGCAGAAGUGGUUGGACAAAUUGUAAUGAAAUUAGCAUUUAA